AGGUUAGCUCCUGUCACGGGUUCCUGCUGCUUUUUUUUCAGUGUUUUGCAAUAUUCCUAUCUGGGCAUCUUUGGGAUAUUACCUUCGGGGGUUGUGACGGCACAAAGAGGGAGUUCACAGUAAAACUCCUAAAUGAGAAAUAGAAAGUGCCACCGAGCUGGCGCAAUGUUUGACAGCUGUCCGCCUAGCUAGGUCCAGUGCCAUAGUGAGGAGAGGACGAGGCGGCUCCGGCGAACGCCUAACUGACUGACUGGUCGAUGAUGGACAUCGAAGCGGUACUUUCUGUCGCGUUUUUCCUAUGAUGUGCAGAGAGCAACACGGCCCAGCAUUUUCCCACCCUACGGCAACCUCUGCUCUGAAGUGCAGCCAAAAUUCCGGCUUGUAAAACUGCUGCCGUCCUCCCCAAACUCCCCAACUCUGCACCCACCCAGGCAAGCACGGCUCCCGGGACCCACUUCAUGAAAGAGCGAGUGAGAAAGAGGGGCAUGGAUCAGAUGAAAGUCAAAGACCGAAUCCUGGAAAACAUCUCACUGUCCGUAAAGAAAUUGCAGAGCUAUUUUGCUGCUUGUGAAGAUGAGACUCCAGCAAUCAGGAAUCACGACAGAGUGCUGCAGCGGUUAUGUGAGCACCUGGACCAUGCGUUGCUCUAUGGACUUCAGGACAUCUCAUCAGGAUACUGGGUGCUGGUUGUGCAUUUUACACGCCGAGAGGCCAUUCGGCAAAUUGAGGAGCUUCACCACAUUGCCACCAAUAUGGGAAGGAGUCGGGCAUGGCUUUACCUGGCAUUGAGUGAGAGUUCACUAGAGAGCUAUCUGAGGCUUUUCCAGGAGAACCAGGGUCUGCUACACAAGUACUACUUCAAAAACGCAUUGGUCUGCAGCCAUGACCACCUGACGUUAUUCCUGACACUGGUCUCUGGAUUGGAGUUCAUCCGCUUCAACCUGGACUUGGAUGCCCCCUAUUUGGACUUGGCACCUUACAUGCCUGACUACUACAAACCCCAGAACCUCUUGGAUUUUGAGGACCGCCUGCCAAGCUCUGACAGCCUUUCCCUGAAUUCUCUGAAUUCCAUCACCUCCACCAACUUGGAGUGGGAUGACAGUGCCAUCGCUCCAUCUAGUGAAGAUUAUGAUUUCGGCGAUGUGUUACCUGUGUUGCAGUCCAUACCCAGUGCAGACUGGGAAGAAGGAGACCUUACAGAUCCAGUUAGCUGCCCGCGCUCCACUGUGUGUGAACCUCCAUCCUUGAGAUCAAACACCCGGAGCCCAACCUCACGGUACAAUCCCUUCAAUGAAGAUUCUGAUACAGCUACCUCUGCUGAUGUGACACCAGUGCAUAGUGCAUCCCGUGAUCGCAGUGAUACAGCUGGGGAAGAUACAGAGAGCACGGGCACAGAGCUUGAGGUCAUUAGGUUAGCCAGACGGAGAAAAACCGGGAAGAAGAAGCAGCGCACAAAGUCUGGACUGGAGACAUCUAACGAAUGUGAUGUUAGUCUUGCAAAUGAGGAAACACAAGACAAAACCGAGUCUAGUGAGCAGGUUCUCACUGAGUGGGAUAAUGUAGAUGAUUCACGAGCUCCAUCACUAGAGGAGGAGGAGGGUGGUGAGGGGCUACGCCUGCCUGAGAUGGCCGACACUUCAAUGGAUAGUGUGGGACAGCCACUCCGUGAGGUCAUAGACCAGCUUGAUGGGGCAUUGGACACUAACCGCUGGAGGAGCCUGGACAGCUCUAAUCUGCAGCAGUCCUUUCGAAACAACAAUGAGGGGGAACCACCAGACCCUCCUUUGCCAACCUUGGAACAGGGCCUCCACCAGGCUACCUCACCAAAUGACUUCUACCGCUUUACCCCCGAGAGUCCAGGCACUGUUGCCACAAGUGGUGGCUACAAUGACCCUGCAAGGGAUGGCCUGUCGGCGGAUGUUUCUAGUAGCAAUGAAGGUGAGGGAGCGAGAACGACGCAGACGGGAGAGGGCUCCGAACCCCUAGACAAUCGAGUCACACAUGUUCGAGUUCGGGAGAUUGAAAGGAACAACUGUCUUGAAUCCAUGUGUGAGCAGCUUAACUCGACAGAUCAAGAUCGAGAUGUAGAGUCUUUUGAAACAGAGGAGGAAACUACAGGUAGUCCUGGAGAAAUCACACAUCCAGCAGAAUUUGGAGUGGAUAACAAUCACCUUCUGCUGCUGAUGAUCCAUGUGUUUCGGGAAAGUGAGGAGCAGCUGUUCAAGAUGGUCAAGAUGAGCACUGGGCACAUGGAAGGAAACGUGCAGCUUCUCUAUUUGCUCUUCACUGACUGCUAUAUCUACCUGCUGCGGAAAGGUGCUGCUGAGAAGCCAUACACAAUAGAAGAAGCGGUGUCCUAUAAUGAGCUCGACUAUAUCUCGGUUGGACUGGAUCAGCAAACUGUCACGCUUGUUUGUACAAAUCGACGGAGACAGUUCCUGCUUGACACGGCUGAUGGGUCAUUGACAGAGUGGCUACUUGGUGCUCUUCAGUCUGCAAUGGUUAAAGGAUGCCGAGAGCCACCAUACCCCUCUGUCCUUACAGAUGCCACCAUGGAGAGACUGGCUUUGAUGAAAUUUGUGGCACAAGAAUCUCACUGUGAGGUUGCUGAGGUUUCAAUACAGCUAUAUGCUCUGGUACACUGGGAGGACCCACACGAUGUCACUUUGGGUCCACAGAGAGACCUGUACACAAAUGUAGAGAGCAACAUCAGCAAGGAAGGAGUCUUGUACUACAGGGCAGGGACGUCUUACCUGGGCAAGGAGAUCUGGAAAUCCUGUUACCUUGUGCUCAGCAGUAAUGGAAUUCUGUACCAGUAUCCGGACAGGACUGAUGUGAUACCUCUGCUCUCCAUUAAUAUGGGUGGCGAGCAGUGUGGUGGAUGCCGGCGCUCAAAUACCACUGAGCGGCCACAUUCCUUUCAAGUGAUCCUUACAGACCGGCCGGCACUGGAGCUCAGUGCAGACAAUGAAGAGGACAUGGCAGGGUGGAUGCAGCACCUCUGCCAGUCUGUAUCGAAAGGGAUCAUUCCCCAAGGUGUUACACCCACUCCUUGCAUCCCCUGCUGCCUCGUGCAGACAGACAAAAAACUCUUCACCUGCCAUGAAGACUGCCAGACCAGCUUUUUCCGAUUCUUAGGAGGUGCUGAUCUGACAGACGUCAAAGCCGUUUGCACAGAGCCCAACAAAGAAUACUGCAUAAUUGAGUUUGCUGAGGACAGAAAGCAGCAGUUUUUGCCUCCCUGGGUCUUAUAUUUCAGUUGCACAGCUGAGUUGGACCGGUUUCUCUUUACUCUGGAAACAGCAUGGCAGCAGAUUUUUCAGGUUGCAUUGCCACGCCGCAUUAUCAUGGACACAAUGCUCCAAAAGAAGUGCCAGGAUGCCCUUUGUCUAAUAAGAAGUGCGUGGCAGAGAAGUGACAGUCUAUGGCGUGGCCGAGCCGAGCGAGACCCCUGGUGCUGAGAUCAGAUGCCUUGGCCUUCCCGGGCAUGGUACACACACAUUAACAGAAUGAGAAACUCUACGACUUUAGAGCUACGGAUGCAGAGCAUCCUCCUGCAUUUCUGUCCCUCCUGCACUUUUAUCUUCAUACCCUCAGUGGUGUAAGUUUAACACAAUGUAUGAGACGUGUAGCAAAUGGCAGGAAGAAUGUAAAGGAGGCAAAAGAACAUUUUCUGAUUCUGAUUUUUUUUUUGGGGGACUUUGGGAUGCUUCCAAGUGUAAGGCCCAUAUGCAGGGUCCUUCCCCCAGUUUCUAUUGCGCUCGUGCUGCUAAAUGUUUUUGCCUUCGUUGUUUAACAUCGAGCUAAAUUUCCGCUGCCAGCUGAAUAUAAAUGAAGUGCACUGGAGAUGGGCACAGUGACUGUGUAUCCUAAUGGAGUUUCGCGAGAAAUGUUCAGCAGGAGCGGGCAUUCGGCGCCUCCUCUGAGCAACACACCACUCCACACUACUUGUCCUUACCUCAUAAAGCAUCGAGACUAACCAAGACGUUUGUGCCCCUCCCUCCCCAUUUCCACUUACUGUAGGAGAGUGACCGCCAGUGAACACUGGACUGUUUAACGUUUCACUUUGGCUACCUGGAGGUCAUUUAGAAUGCACAAAAGCACGUGGUCUUGUUGUAGGUCUGGCCAGUGAUGCAGAUAUCUAAAGCAUUAAACACAAAAAAAAAAAAUGUCCUGAUAAUUUUUGCUCCCCUGUCAGAUUUUAUUUUGCAGCUGAAUCUUUACUAAAUACAUUGUUGCAACAGACAGCAUGGAACUUCUUGUGGCGUGAUAUGCAGAAUUUGAAGAAGGACAUCUGUUAAUAGUAGCUGCUCUGCAUCAGUGCACUUGUGCGGAUGUGGCUGGGCCGGAGAUCGGGGACUUUGAAUUGAACAGGUACAGCGGAUUGCGGAUACUUUUUGCACAUUGAAUGUUAUAAUCAGUCGUUUCUGUGUCCACCCAUCACUGAAUGGUUGUAAUGACACCAAAGUUAACCUCUCUGAUGCUUAGACGUAAUAGAAUGUGACAAAUAUGAGGAAAUUCUAAACUGUUCAAUUGAAUGAACUGUAAGACGAUUUCAUUGUUCGGAGUAAGUGGUCAUUCCAGGAAAUCAUUGAGGACUGGGAAUACCAGUGGAAAAAACUGUGAGAUGGCAGCUUUUACUAUUUAAACGGUGAUCCUGGUGAAAUUCACUGAUGGGAUUUACAGAUGAAAGGUAUUGAUUGGUACCCUUCCACUAUUUUAAAAGAAGAACCAUUAAUUUCUUUGAAAUAAGUUGAAAUUGACAAAAGUAAUGGGCAUCCACCAUUCUUUAUUUCAUAGAGCAGACUCCGCUUUUGAUUUAGGACUUAACAGCUUAUUUUAACAAGUUAGGCAAUGUGUGCAUGGGGUGGCGUUUGGCGACUAAGUUAACUGAUCUGACAACUGGUGCAUUUCACAUUUUUAUUCACUUCAUCCAUCCAUCCAUCCUCUACCGCUUAUCCGAGGUUGGGUCGCGGGGGCAGCAGCUUGAGCAGAGAUGCCCAGACUUCCCUCUCCCCGGCCACUUCUUCUAGCUCUUCCGGGAGAAUCCCAAGGCGUUCCCAGGCCAGCCGAAAGACAUAGUCCCUCCAGCGUGUCCUGGGUCUUCCCCGGUGCCUCCUCCCGGUUAGAUGUGCCUGGAACAUCUCACCAGGGAGGCGUCCAGAAGGCAUGCCUCCUGGACGCCUCACUUCAUCAAUUGUUACAUUUUUAUUAAUUAAAUAGUUUUGCAACAAUGAGUAAUAUUCAAAAGUAGAAUGCAAUUCCAGGUGUUGGUAGAUAACUUUAAAUGCCUGCUGUUUAUCAGCACUUUACAGUGGAGUUAAAAGUGGAGCACAAAGAGGCUUGUGGUGGCUCAAUGGCUUCCAUACACCAUAGGCUGCAAUUCAAGGUGAUAUGAAAAUGGCAUCGACUAAUGUGUGUUAGUGGUGGUGGGUCUGUGACUGAUUCAUGUUCAGUUUUCAUAAGAUAACAUACUUGAAAGUACAUCCAAUAGAGCAGCAUCCGAAAAUUAUCAUUUGAAAAAUAACUACAGUGAUCCCUCGCUGUAUCGCGGUUCAGUUAUCGCGCCCCCGCUAUAUCGCCGAAAAAUUCAAUAAGUACCUCCUACCUGUAGUGUAAUUUGCAGCCAAUUCAUAACAAAGCAUACAGUUUUCAGCAGUCACUACGGUAGACAAAGAGUUUCACGUUACAGUAGGCCUACCCAGAUGAUUUCUUACAAGGCCCGUUAUUGGCUGAAAGGGGAGACUCAACCAAUCAGAGCGGGAUCUUCAUUCUCUUGGGCUCUGAUUGGCUGCUGCUAACGUGGUGUAAUCUCACAAGAACAGUGCGCGUGGGUCCCCAAAGCAUCUCAGUUCUCUGUGAAUCGCGUUCCUUGCUUGUGGUCCGAUUGUUGUGAGCAAACUUUUUGUGAACUUUUCAUUUUGUUUUAAGCCCAACAAUGGCUCCCAAGGAAAGCGUUUCACAGAAGUUGCUCGCCAUUACAGCUUGAAUGAAUCGAUGGUACAGUACAUUAUUAUUAUUAUAUUAGUAUUAUUAUGUUACUCAUCUGUAGCCCGACAUCCACAUAUCAUAUGUGUUUACAAAGUGUGUUUUAAUAAGUUUACAUGUGUUUAAGGCAUGUGGGAGGGGUAUUUUUAAGGUGUAAACUAUAAAAAAAAUGUUUACUUAUAUGGUCUUUCUAUAUCACGGAUUUUCACCUAUCGUGAUGGGUCUGGAAUGCAACUUCAGCAAUAGGCUGGGGAUCACUGUAUUCAUAUAAAAUGACCAAUACUAGUAUAAGCAUUGAUAUUACCCCAUGAAAUGAGAAACAUUCCUCAUCUAGCUCUUAAUAUUAGUUAAACACAAUCCUGUGUUAAAAUUAUAUAAAUAAGUAUUAACUUAGUAAGGAACUGAUUUAUUGUGUAACGGGAAUAUGAAUGGUACACGAUGGGCAAGAAGAUCAGGGGCUUGCUGCAAUUGUUUGUGUAUAGCAGGGGCUGGGCACCAGAGAUUAAGGUCUUCCGCCACUGAAGCUGCCCACCUCCUGACACCACUGUCCAUUUUUAAACCCGUCCCAGGCUUAUAUCGGUUAGGGCAGCUGCGCCUUUCCCAGGUUAUUAUUUAGCUUAGACUCUGUUGAGCUGCAGGUUGAUAACAUUGCUUCUUUACAAUAAUAAUCUGCAGAUGAUAUUGUUCAGUCAGUUCAGUCUCAUACAGUGUAUGAUUGUAUAAAUACUUACCAUUUAUCUCCAGAGAAGUAACUUUUUUUUUUUGUAUUCAAAGAAGGGCACUGCCGUGUGAGCUGUUUGCCCGCGUGCUCAGCCUGCCAUUUUAUUCACUUGCACUGGGCAUUCAAGUGGCUGUCAGAUGAGUAAAAGAGGGAAAUAUACAAGUUCAAGCAACCGCUCACAAGGUAAAAUUGAAACAGUAAACUAAUUCCAAGUUGAAGUGGCACAGAAGUGUUUCUCCGUUUUAAGUUUACAAAUUCACAAGUUCUCCUCAAUGGGUGCAGUGGCUGUGGGGCAUCUGUUGGUGAAGAAAGAUUCACGGAUCUUGACUUUGCUGACAAUUCAGUGAUCUUCGCGGAGUCAAUGAGGCUCUGAUCGGGGCACCCGAGAGACUGAGUGAGGAGUCUGAGUGUCUGGGGUUGCGAGUGUUCUGAUAAAAACCAACAUCAGGCCUUUAAAGACCUCUUGGGCACAGCCAUCAGCAGUGUGUCUGUCUGCGGAGAGAGUGUCAACCUUGUCGAGAGGUUUACUUACCUUGGCAUUGACAUUCAUGUCUCUGGUGACUCUUCCUAUGAAGUCAGUAGACGGAUUGGGAGAGCAUGGGGGGGGGGGUCAUGAGGUCACUGGAAAGGGGUGUGUGGCGCUCCUGAUAUCUCUGCAAAAGGAUGAAGGUCCAAGUCUUUCUUUGUGUGACAUAGAUGCUAUCUAGUGACCUGAGACGAAGACUGGACUCCUUUGGUGCUGUGUCUGUCCAGAAAAGUCCUUGGGUACCAUUAGUUUGACUUUGUGUCGAAUGAGCGGUUGCUCAUGGAUUCCCAAAUGAGGCACAUUACUUGCAAUGUGAGGGAGCGUCAGUUACGGCACUAGAACCAUGUGGCAAUGUUUCCCUGAGGAUGAUCCAGCUCGUAGGACCCUCAAUGUUGAGGACUUGAGUGGCUGGACCAGGCCAUGGGGUUUCCCACGUAACACCUGACUGUGGCAGAUAGAGGGUAAUUUCCGGAGGGUGGGACUGGACUGCGUGUCUGCCUGGGGGGUUGCCAACUGGGAUCCCAAGUUGUUUCGUCAUGUAGUGGGUGUGGCAACGCACUGAACCAGUGUAUGCUCCCCAACUUGACUUGACUUUUCAAUGAUGGACAUUCAUUUGGAUUCAUAGCAGGCCACCUCAGAACAUUGCAUUGUUUUCUUCUCAUCCAUCAUUGGGUGCUCUUAGAUUUAGGUUUUUAGUCAUUAUCCAGCUAGAGGAGCCAUGACCUGACACUGAGCACUACGUUUCACGACACCUUCAAAUUUCAUGGUGCCCUGCACCGAUUUGAGGUACCUGGUGCCAGAGGGAACACAGCAACCCUAUAAUAUUAAUGAGCGUCCUCCAUGUUUCACUGUUUUUAUUUUUGUAAGUGUUGUUUUCUAUUCCGUGAAUACAGAGUUGCAGUGAUUAACCGAAAAGCUCUUCUUAAAGUUAAUCUCUCCAUGGACAUUCUCCUAGAACAGGGGUGGGCAAUGUCAGUCCUGGAGGGCCGAAUUGGGCUGCAGGUUUACAUUCCAACCCAAUUGCUAAAUUAGAAACCAAUCCUUGCCAAUCUCAGGCCUUAUUUAAUUUUAUGGCUUGUUAGUCUGAAAUGCAAGGUUCUUAUAUCGUAGAGCUGUUUCCUUUCCAAAGAUAUCAUCCAAAUGAUUUAAGCCUAAAACGGAUAAUCUUCAGUCUGUCACAUUUUUCUAUCAAGUGUUUUAUUAAAUCAAACAGUGCAUGAUGAACACACACACAUGUAAAUGGCAACAAGCUAGAUGGAGAACUGCUGGCUGCUUUGUCAUAUACAUCUUAUUGCUAAUAAGGAGCCAUUAAAAACAAUGAAUUCAGCUGUUUAAGAUUGAAGUAAGCCAUAAAGGUUGGGGACAAUUAACAAGUGAGGCCACUAAAAUGAAGAAUCAAAAUAUCACUUAAGCAAUAAGUGCUUCAUUAGCAAUAACUGACUUCUCAUUAAGAAGGUGGGUCAGAACAAAAACCUGCAGCCACUGCGGCCCUCCAGGACCGACAUUGUCCACCCCUGUUCUAGAAGGCAUGUCUUUGAGAAGUGAUGUCUUUUACCACAUAGCCUACUCUCGCUCAGACGAUGACAGAUGGUAUGAUUUCAAACCAUUGUGCCUUGAUCUUGGAGGUCAGCCCGAGUCUAUCUUGAUAUUUUCCUUGAUUCUUUUCUCCACCAUUCAAACUAUCCAUCUGCUCAAUCUGGGGUUAAGUUUGCCCUUGGCAGCCAUUUCCAGGGAGGUCGGCUGUAGUCCCAAGGACCUUAGACUUCUUGGUACUAUCAGCUACCAUGGUCACACGAACAUGAAGCUCUUUGGAGAUGGUUGUGAAGCUUUUACCUUGUCCAUUACCUUCUUCAUUUCCUCCUCGGGCCACUCUUUGCUUUUCCUUCUCUUAUCCAAAUUCUGUGUGAGGCCCACAAUGACACAACUGAGUGAUGGAUAAAACUGACAACACUUGUGAUACAAAUCUGAGCAAUUAGUCUGCUUGAGCUGUCACUCCAAUCUGAUUACGUCUUUUAACUUUUGAGUGGUCUUAAUAAUUUUGUACAUGCCAUUUUAAUUUGUUUUAUUUUUUAGAAAUAUCAUGUUAAGUCCUAAAUCAAAAGCAGUGACUUCUCUAUGAAAUAUGGAAUAAAGAAUGUUGGACGCUAAUUACGUUUAUCAGUUCCAGCUUAUUGCAUGGAAAUUUGUGAUUCUUUUUUAAAUAGUGGAAGGGUACCAAUACUUGAAGCUGCUUCUGUACCAAUAAAGCCUUUGUGAAUCUUUUAAGCAAGGAUUUCAAAGUGACUGACAACUGAUUGACUCUCAUUUCUAUGAUUUGAGAUGCUGAUAUUUUGGUUGUUUCACUGUACUGCUAAAGGAUGGCUGCUUGGCUGAGGUUGCUAGAUGUGUACUUCUCAAUAUCUCCUAUAUAUAUCUCACCUAAAGCACCGACAGUUAAUGUCAAGUGGAUCCAGCAUUCAUUGACAAGGUAAUGGAUAUUUUACAUCUUUAAUGUUCAGAUCUAGUGUACGGUUAAGCUUCACACUGUAUUUUGCCAAAGUAUUCCUAAAAAUGACUCUGCUGGUGUACUCAUGCUAGUAAGGUGUCCAUUUUGUGGCACUGCUUACAUUAAACAACAUUAGCAAUUUAUUAAGUACUAGCUGUCCCCCGCAUAGUUGUGAAACAGGACAAACUUUAAAAAUCGCUAGCUAAGUGGAGACAAGAUACGCUCCAAAACGUGGCCAGAGGUAGAGCGGCUCGAACAGAGGCUGGCGAGUGAUUGAGUGAGUGAGGAGGGCCCUGCCUGGCUCCCCACUCCUGACGUCACCCUCGGCCCCCAGCCUCUCUCUCAGAUUAGCGCAAAUAAAUCGCUCCUGCAACCGAACUAUGCUACUUAGUGUGAGGAGAGAAGUUGCAAAAUCAACUGGAAUGUUCAAGCAAAUUAUAGAAAAAAACCUGAUCUAAAUCCGUUAAAAAGUGAAAAGUGGACAGACAAACGUUGGAUUUUAUAUAUAUAUAUAAUAUAGAGAGAGAGAGAGAGAGAUAAAAUCCAAAACUAAAAACAAAAAAAUGCAUCAUAUAGUAAAGCCGUUAUCUAAUGCAGUGGUUCUCGAACUGUGGGAUGGGCCCCCCUAGGAGGGCGCGAGGAUUUGGAAAAAAAGAAAACAAGAAUAAAAAAAUAAAAAUAUGAAAAAUACAUCUAUUGAAACCAAAACAAAUUCACUUAAACUACAUUCUGAUACUAGAAAAAUAGAGUUAGAUAAAUGUCGCUAAAAGUUAAGUAGGUAUAAUAAAAUAUGCAUCUAUGAUAUAUCAUCAAUAAAGAACAAAUUGAUAUUAGUGGGCUUCUUUCAAAAAAACGUUAGGGGGGCGCGAUUAAAACUGUUAUGAAAACUUGGGUCUCAAAUACUUAAAGGUUGAGAAACGCUGAUCUAAUGUGUCAUUACUUCACAAAGUUAGUUGAACUGAUUACAUUUGUUGGACAUUAAAAAGCCACGUGGUGUCUUUUCCAGGAUAGGAAGAGUCUGUGGAUACCCGUGACACUGAAUUGGAUCGAGUCGGUUCAGGAACGGGAUGAACGAGUAGAAUAUACAUGUAGUUCCAGCUAACGAGUUAUCAAUAUUAACUUAUAAAGUACCUGAGGCUCACACUUUAGAUGCCUUUUAUCAUAAAAGUAACGAAGGAGGAUGAAAGAAUAAUUAUUGUGCUUGAUCUGAACACCAGCAAGAGGUAAAUCUCCACAACGUCACAGAAUGGCCCCCCCCGUAGAGAAGAGAUUUUUUUGCAUGUUUACUUUUGGAAAGGCACAAACCUUCCUUUGCGUAUUUGCACUGCACAACUUCCAUGUGCCUGUAUUUUUACCAGUUAGUAUUGACUUCAGAGAAGGAUCUUAAGGGUUUUGUUUGUCCUUUCUCUUCUUUUCUAGUUUGUCAUUUGAUCCAGCAGCUGAAACCUUUCUUUCUUUCUUGAACUGCUCACCAGCUCAGGCUGUUGCUGUUGAAGCCGAGUGAAUGAAACACAUGCACUGUUUGUAAAAGAGACCUUUUCUUUGCAAGAUCUCUGCAGUUGCUUUGCCCUCACUUACUUGUAUGAUUUUUUUAUUAUUAUUAUUAUGCCUUUUCUUCAGCUAAAUUUAUUUAUGGUACGACAGAACCAAAUGGUACUGAAUGUUGCUAUAUGUUUACAGCUAAUAUAGGGCAGUGGCAUCUUUAAAAAAUAAAAUAAAAUUGCACGAGUAUAUGAGAGCUGACUUUUAAAUAUUUAGUUACCACCACUCUGAGAAUAUCGCCUAUGAGCCGAAGUUAAGUAGGUUUGCAUAUUUAUGUAAAACACCAACACCUAGCUGAUGAAUGAUAAUGUCUCUGUUAGGUGGUCAUCUGUUUCCAGCAUUAAUUCAUUAGUAGUUCUUUAAAUGAACUAAUAUAGUAUUUUAAAUUACAGGCUUUUAGUACUUAAUGCAAAAGCAGUAAUAAAAGCUACAGUAAGCAGCAGACUUUCAAAAUGACAGUCUUUCAAAUCUGUAAAACUGCAACAAAGCAAUGGUUAGUAACUAAAAAAUAAACGAGUACUCCACCCAAUUUCAUUUUGAAACGGAUGUUAUUUUGAUAUUGUUUGCUGUUGUCCAACAUUGAUCUCCACAGAUGCCCGUUUUAUUAGAAACUUUAUCUCCAUUCCGCAUAACAUUUUUUCUUGAUCACCAUUACAAACUACAUAUUAAAUAUUUGAUAAGUCAAAGAAAAGUGCAACAUUUAGGGUCCCUUGAAUGGUGGUGAAUGAAAAUGGUGACUCCAAAUGAUACUGAAUUACUUUGCAACACCAAGGAGACCCCAUGCUAUUAUUGGCCCUGGUAGAACCAGUCUUGCCAUUUUUGGGCUACCUUGACUGUUGCUUAAAUUAGCAAGUUGUUACAGACACAUUCAGCGGUGGUCAGAAAAAAAUAAAUGUUUCACAAGUGGUCAGUACAGCAGUAGAACUGUUGCCUUAAACUACACCUGCCUUGUAAAGAUUGUCGUUCAGGUGUCGAGGAGUAAAGCCAAUUCUUACUUAUGCUAGCUAGUGGACCACUGGUGAUGUUUAGUUUGCAUAACCUAAAAUCCUAGCCUGUGUUUAACAUGACCAUAGAAUUAUGUUGAAUAUUCUAUAAUAAUGACUAGUUUAUGCAUGACAAGAUUGUUUCAUCCUGCUUUGCUUCAGAAUUACCAGAAAAAAAUGGCCUGGUCAGUCAGGAAGCAAAUUCAUAGGCAAGAGGAUAUUUUAGUGCAACAGACAUUAUGAGAGCAUGUUUGUUCAUUUUUGGAUUGCCCACUUUCAUUAAAAUUCUGUAAUUUUAUUAAGUCCAUGUCUGGUUUCCUUACAAACUUGGCGUUUUAUAAAAUGGAAGUGUCACUGAUUCACCAUCUGAUCAGCUCCCACCUGCUUUGUCUCCUUUCAACCGUUCCUCAAGUAUGGCUGCUUGGAUAACAGCUACCAGGUAAACAUUUAAACACAUCAUAUCUGCCCUUUUAAAUCAGUGAACUGUUUUUGGCUUUACAUGCAUUCUUCAUACUAUAGCCUGUUUCCUACAUUAAAACUGCAAGUAAAAAGGCAUUUAAACUUGUACAAAAUAUUGUUCGCAAAAAGACCUUUGAACUAAUACAAAAAAAAAUCCAUAUUUAUAGCUUCCAUCAGAAAAAGGAUUCAUCGGGAUAUCUUGGGUGUACCCUCUGGACAUGAUGAGGGCAUCUCUGCGGACCUUAAGUAUCUUGGGCACUUGUUCUAGAAGAACACAAUUAAUGAAAGUGUACAGAAGCCUGAUGUAUUAUAGUGUAAUCCCAGAAAUCUGUUAUAUGCAUGUCAGGAAUGGCUCUCUCCCUCCCCCUUUUAAAUAUAAAUAUAUACUGUACUUACAUUUAUGCAAAGUUGUAAAUAAAUUGCACUUAAAGUUAAA